CCUACUGAAAUAAUUUCACUUCUCUUUGUUUUCAAAUCCUUUACGAAAUAUUGUAGUUUUGCAAAUCGUGAAAAUAUUGAUCUACUCAAAUUCUGAAGAACAUACGAACUAUUGUAUAAAGUAGAUUUGAAUACAGUGCUUUCGAAUUUCACAAAAUCAUUUGGAUGAGUGACUAAUCGUUAGUUCCGGGCAAAAGAUCGCUCCAUAUAAGACGAUCCUACGUAAUGUGAUUCUGAGAACGACGAGUUUCUUGAAGAGUCAGCUAACAAAAAUAACAAUGAUGACACCGAUCCUCAUCUUCACUUCGUUUCUUUUGCUCACGUUUUCUUAUAAUUGCCGCGCGCAAAACUCGCAUUGUAAAGCCAAUUACGAAUGUCCGCCAGACCAUUGUUGCGUUUUAGGAGGAGUAAGAUAUAGCGUGCCGCAAUGUGUACCUCUAUUAGGAAAAGGAGACACGUGUAGACCUGGUAGCAACAUCACGAUCAGCGGAGAUCUUGCGUAUCCAGAUGGGUCUACGUUGGCAGUAGAAGAAGUCCAUUAUAUUCUUUGUCCUUGCGGCGAUAAACUAGUAUGCGAUUCGGAAAAAGGUGUUUGUAUGUAAUGGAAUUAACGAGAAACGCGGUACAAAUCAUUCCCUGGAGGAUAAUAAUAAGGACGACAAUUACUUAAAUCAAACUUAAAAAACAAUAGCAUUUGAUGUUCAUCGACGUACGUUUGUAUUUAAUCGAUUGUAACAAUAGAUAGUGAUAGUAAAUGAAUAUAUAGUGAUAGUAGGCCAGUCGUAACUUAAGGAUGUAUAGGCUAUACAUAUACUUAAACAAUGUUGGCAUGUU